CAUCGUCAGUCUUCGGAGACUCUCGUGGGAACUCGGGUAGCCUCAGGUUCUCUUGGCAGUGGAGCCGUCGGGAACUUCCGGGAUACCCCGGGGGCGAAUUGGAAUCAACUCUCCUGUCCUUCCUUCAUUCCUGUAGUCGUACAUCGAUCCGAAUGAUCAAGGCGAUGAGCGAGUCGAGAUCCACCAGUAGUUCCCAGGCAAGCUCAUCUUUAACUUCCUCCGAUACUCCAUGUAGGAAUGUGUCGAACAGCGCUUCUGAGUUCCAAGCACCGUCAGCUGCCGACGUGCGGAAAUCCACUGUGUAGUCUGCCACACUACGGGAGUCUUGGCGUAGCUGGAGCAGCUUGCGAGCAGCCUCUCGCACGGACAACGGAGAAAGGAGCAGGAAAACAGGCAGGAGCAGGGAAACUCUGGUAGGUUUUACGAACAAAACGAACUGGCCACAGACAAAGAUAAAUACACAGGGGAUGAUGGGGAAGAUGAGCGACAUGAAGGACUGAAGCCAAGAUGCAGGGGCAGCAGCACAGCACGGUGGAACAGGAGAGUGAAGAGAAAAGGACAGUGAGGUGUAAAAGGUCAGUAGCUUGGGGCUUGAUUGCUGGGGGUAACUGAAGCUGUGGUUACCAUGGCGGCACACUUUGACACAGAGUACCAGCGCCUAGAGGCUUCAUACAGCGACUCUCCACCCGGAGAGGAGAACCUACUGGUGCACGUACCUGACGGAAACAAGUCCCCGUGGCACCACAUAGAGAACCUGGACCUGUUCUUCCAGAGGGUCUAUAACCUGCACCAGAAGAAUGGCUUCACUUGUAUGCUGCUGGGAGAGGUCUUUGAGCUGGUCCAGUUGCUGUUUGUGGUAGGAUUCACAGUCUUCUUGGCUAACUGUGUGGACUAUGAUAUUCUGUUCGCUAACAAGUUUGUCAACCACACCGACUCCUCCAAAGUCACUCUGCCUGACGCCUUCCUGCCUGUGGACGUCUGCAGCUCAAGUAUCCGUGACAACGUGACAGUGAUGUUUGUAUUGAUGAUAUCUGGAGUGUUCUGGCUGCAUCGCCUCAUCAAGUUCAUCUACAACGUCUGCUGCUACUGGGAGAUACGCUCCUUCUACACCAAAGCACUCAAGAUGAGCAUGGCAGAGCUGCCAUACCACACAUGGCAGGAGGUUCAGGCCCGGAUCGUUGAGAUCCAGAAGGAACAUCAGAUCUGUAUCCACAAGAAAGAACUCACAGAACUGGACAUAUACCACCGUAUCCUGCGCUUCAAAAACUACAUGGUUGCCAUGGUAAAUAAGUCCCUCCUUCCUGUGCAUUUCCGCCCUCCGCUACUCGGGGAGAGUGUGUUUUACACCCGCGGCCUCAAGUACAACUUUGAACUCAUCCUCUUCUGGGGUCCAGGCUCUCUGUUUGAGAGUGAGUGGAGUUUGAAGCCGCAGUAUAAGAGAGGUGGUAACAGGUUGGAGCUGGCAGACAAACUGGCAUCACGUAUACUGUGGAUCGGCAUCGCCAACCUCUUACUCUGUCCUGUCGUACUGGUCUGGCAAAUACUGUAUGCCUUCUUCAGCUAUACAGAGGUGAUAAAGCGUGAGCCAGGUAGUUUGGGAGCGAGGUGUUGGUCUCUGUACGGUCGAUGUUACCUUCGCCACUUCAAUGAGCUGGACCAUGAACUGAUGUCACGGCUCAGCAAGGGCUACAAAGCGUCCUCCAGGUAUAUGAACUGCUUCCUGUCCUCGUUGCUGACGGUGGUGGCUAAGAACGUGGCGUUUUUUGCUGGCUCCCUAUUGGCUGUCCUCAUUGCUCUGACCAUCUACGACGAAGACGUCCUCGCCGUGGAACACGUCCUGUCGUCCAUCACCCUGCUGGGAGUGUGUAUCACUGUCUGCAGGUCUUUUAUCCCUGACAAACACCUGGUCUACUGUCCAGAGCAGCUGCUCAGGUUGAUCCUGGCUCAAAUCCACUACAUGCCAGACCACUGGCAGGGCAACGCCCAUCGCUACGAGAAGUUGUCACAGCUCUUUCAGUACAAGGCUGUGAUGUUUAUCCUAGAGGAGCUGACCAGCCCCCUGGUGACUCCCUUCAUCCUGAUCUUCAGUCUGAGGAGGAAGUCUCUGGAGAUCAUUGACUUCUUCAGGAACUUCACCGUGGAGGUGAUAGGGGUGGGAGACACCUGCUCCUUCGCUCAGAUGGACAUCAGACAGCACGGACACCCCGCGUGGAUGUCUGAGGGGAAGACAGAGGCAUCUAUUUACCAACAGGCGGAGGAUGGGAAGACUGAGCUGUCCCUGAUGCAUUUAGCCAUCACCAACCCCCAGUGGCAGCCCCCCACCGAGACCACUCACUUCAUCAGCCAGCUGAAGGAGAGAGUACAGAGAGAGACUACAGGAGACAGACACACUCUCACCUCACUGUCAGAGCCAAGGAGUCUGAUAGCUAACUUCCUGGCAGGUCCCCCCUCAUUGGCCUCUCUUCAUCUGGGGCGGGACGGCUCCUUGACCAAUCACAGGCCGGUGGGUGUUAGCGACGGGGCGUCAGCCUUGCGCUCCCUCUCAGUCAGCAGCAUGAGGGGCAGCUGUAGCUCCACCCAUAGGUCAGCCGGACACGCCUCUUCUGCAAGCAGAGCCAUGGCGGGAUCAAGUACUGAUGCUCGAACUGCUAGUUCAGGCAGUAGUGUGUGGGAAGGUCAACUGACAAGUCUCGUCCUAUCAGAAUACGCCUCCACGGAGAUGAGCAUCCAUGCACUCUAUAUACAUGAGCUCCAUAAGCAGCAGUCUGGAGGGGAGUUGUCCCGGCACACCUGGCACAGGCAGGACAGUGACGACAGUAGUGACAGCGUCACCGAGGAGGGGGGUUCAGGGGGAGGAAACACUAACCCCCGAAAGCCCAUCCCCCGCUCACACACCUUCCCUAUCUCCACCCCUAUCUCCACCCCCGGCCCUAUCCCCAGCUCUAACUCGGGCCCUAACCCUGACCAAGGUACCACCCCGGGGCAGGAAGUGACACCACUCCAGAGCAACAGCCAGCGUCGCUACGGGGGGAACACAGACUCUGUCGGCCCGGGGGGCAGAGUGGUGAGGUCGGAGCGUGUGCCCAUGGGGGGUUGGGCAGAGGAGGGACAUGGAGGCCGACACCCCGACACUGUACCUGAGGAGCGCUCAGAGGACGACAUGCCUCCCAACAUACACAAGGUGACGUAACUGACCAGAGAGACCCUCCCCUUCACAAACACAUCACACAUCCUCAUCCUACCAGAGAAGAACUUCGUGCUCAUCUGUGAACUUUCGACCAUGGCUUCACCUUUGACCCCAGAUAGACAGACCUGUGGGAUAGCAGCAUGC